UGCGUUGAUUGGAAACUUUCUGAGACGUUUUCUGAAGGUAAAGGAAUCUCCUGGAGUCCUGAGCUUUAAAAAGAGCCCAAAGCUUUGCUCUCCCUUCUGAAAGCAGGCUUGCAGGGAGAAGGCUGGCUGCAUUACGGAUGAGGUUUUGCACUGGGGGCAUGUGUCCCUUUAGAAGUUCCCAGGAGUUUGUGAUAUCGUAUUGGCACAGAGUAGAAAAAAGGGGCGGGGGUGCAUUCAAAGGCGUCAGGCGCCGAUCACUAGGAAUUGGCUUUGAAUUUCCAGCUGGAGAGGUAAAAGACCGUUAAAACUGCAUGUGUGUCCGCGCUAGAGUGGUACUGCUUAUUCUUCAGACUAGGGUUCGAGCCAAGGAGUUCUCUCUUUCUGUGUGACCUUUGUCAGAUUACUUACCCUCUCUGGGCUUCAUGUAUAAACUAUCGAUAAACUCAGUUAUGAGCUCCCUGGUAAACCAGGGAGCAUUCAUGUUCAUGCAGGCACACUGCACGUGCCCAGCCCAUAGGAGAAGCUCUGCAAGUGACAAUGAUGAUAAUUUCAACACGGCCAAAGUGACCUCCUCCCAGAGAGGAGGUUUAUUUCAUUGACGGACAUGCUGUUACGGGCUCUUUUCCCAGAAGCUGACCAGAAGAAGCUGAGGCUCUGAGGUUUCUCCCCACUUCCCCAACCAAGCGGAGUGGUUUCCCUGGUAAUGGAUUGCUUCUCCCUGAGAAACGCUCUCCACCCUGGCGAGAGCCCCCGGGUCUAGUGUGUGAACUCAGCUAGGAAACACACCGCUGUAAAAAUGACGGAGGAGCCCGUCAAGGAGAUCCUGAGAACCCCAACGUCUCCCACGCCAGGGACAACGGAGAAGAGCCCCAAGAGAGAAGUCGUGGUCACCACGGUCCCCGUGGUCAGUGAGAUUCAGCUGAUGGCCGCCACCGGGGGCACUGAGCUCUCCUGCUACCGCUGCAUCAUCCCCUUCGCCGUGGUGAUCCUCAUCACCGGGACAGUGGUCACUGCCGUGGCUUACAGCUUCAAUUCGCACGGCUCCAUCAUCUCCAUCUUGGGCCUGAUCCUUCUCUCCUCGGGACUUUUUUUGUUGGCCUCCAGCGCCUUGUGCUGGAAGCUGAGGCAGAGGAACAAGAAAGGCAAGAGACGGGAGAGUCAGACAGCUCUCAUGGCAAAUCGGAGGAGCUUGUUUGCUUAGGACUGAAGGGGGCCAGGGGAGGCCUGAGGCCUGCACAUCCUGCCUUUCUGCGUCAGCCCAUUCACCCGCACUCCUGUGGGAGAGGUCGCACUUGGCACGGAGCGGACUAGGGGAAUGGGAGUGGACGGAGGGGGUGGGGGGGCAGGUCCUCAUGUGUGAGAAAUGACUUGUAUCUUCUUUAAUGACAAACUUAACUCUAAGGGCUAUUUCUCAGAUUGCAAAAUCAGCUUUUCCUCCACAUUAGACCUUGUCGGGGUCAUGGGAGGUAUGCAGUAUUAGACAACAUUUGGUUCACCUCGGAAAGGAGCCAAGAAAAGACGAGAAAACACUUGGAUGGUUCUGGCACACCAGUGACCCGCCUCCACAUGAAAUAACCCACAGGCGUAAGAAGCUGUAUCAUAAAAACGUCCUGCCGAGAGUCUCCAUGGCCUGGGACUUGGCAUACUUCUAUGAAAUUCUAUGAUAACUUCUUUUUUUCAGUCAGUUGUCUGGCACCUGUUUUAUUUUUUACUUUCAGUAACUCAUGACUGACUGGUGGUACUUUCUCUUGAAGAAUAAACUAAUAUUUUUUAUGUUUUAACAUUGGACAAUUUUAGAUGAUUGUAAUGAUGUAUCAAAAGUAAAAAAGAGGUGAAGGGUAUAACUACUAGAUGACAUAGGAGAGGGGAUUAAAUUAAUAUUAAAAUAAUCCAAUAUAGCACUUUUGAUGAUUUUUAUAUAAAAGUUUAAUGUACAUUUCAUUCAAAAUAAUAAAUACUCAUUGCUGCUGACACUUCUUAAA